GGUUCAGGAAGCUUAUCUGAACGACGUUUGUUCUACAUAUUUAUAUACAUAAAGGUCUGUUAAAAUAACGACAAAACUUUCACUGGAAAGGGAAAAUGACGUUUACCAGAACGAAUAAUGAAAAGGAAAUGUAUUCAAUGUCACUGGAAAGGAAAAAUGACGUUUACCAGAACGAGUAAUGAAAAGGAAAUUUAUUCCAUAUACGGGAUCAUGUUUCUACAAUGUUUCAUGACGGAAGGAGACGAGUAAUCAGAACAGACACAGUAUGACGUCGAUUCUUUUGGUCUUUGAUGAAAUUCACGGAGAAAACGUUUUGAGGACAUGUCGAGGAAAGUCUGUGUCAUGGAAGCAUUCUUACUCCGGAGGACUUGUGUUCAGUGAUGUUCGGCUGGAGGACGGCGACGUUGUAAAAUUGACAAUGCAGGGGUCAACACACGCUGAUAUUGGUUUUACCCAGAUAAACCCAGAAGAAAUUUCAGACUUGAGAAACGCCAUUAAAAAGAAACAAGUAUCAUUUGUUGGAAAUGUAGGUAUCAAUAAAGACACAUUCAAAGUUAGAUUACAGCGGAAACAACAUUCCAUUAUCUACAAGUACGGGAACCUUCAAACUACACACACUAUAUGUGGUGACCUACCUGUAUGGAUUGCUGUUUAUUUGCAAUUUGGGAAAUGCAACCUGAAACUAUAUGACAAAGAUAGAAGUGCUAUUAAAUGGCAUAACAAAUGCGGAAUGAAUAUCCAGUUUGAAGAUGUCAUCACUAGACACAAGUGUACGCUUGUUGACGACAACCCAGCAGCAUUUGCCUGCGUACAGUUACAUCCUACCGCAGCCAACGGAAUCCGAAUGAAAAUAAGAAUAAGAGCAGCUUCCGAAGAGCUUAUACCAUACUCGUUUUCUGUUUACACCAGCAUCUUAUCUCCGAGCUGUCUAAACAGCAGUUUAUUUGCCAUUGUUGAACCCUUGUCUGACGCAGGAUUUGAAGGAUUGACAUACCUGAAAAAAUUCGAGUAUAAUCCGAGGAAAACGAAAAUGUGCGAGGGAAUGUUAGAAAUCAGUGUGUUUGCAAGUGGGAUUGCGACAUUCAAGCAUAACUCUGAAGGGUCUACUGUGGCGAAAUUAAGGACUAACUCGAAUGAUAAACUGACGCUGCUUUUUAAACUAUGCCACGUCAGCAUUGAAAUAGUGGAGGCUUGUGAAUCCCCUCCUGAUCAGGAUAUUGAAGGCAGUAGCAAUGACGCAUCUAGUGUUACAAGUGACGAAUCGUCUUUUGUCAUAGCUACUGGCUCUGAAAUGGAAUCAAGCUGUAUGCUGUCCUCUUCUGUUUUCCAAGACGAGCCGUCCGGCACUGCCAAAUUUGAGGAACUGCGCCCUUCAGAUUGCAUCAAUUUACCUUCGAGUGGUAAGUCGGAUAUUGUAAAAGACUGGGUCAAGGCAAGAACAGGGGCCACUAGUGUACAAAAGCGGAAACGAUCACUGCCGGAGACAUAUUUGUCCACGGGAACAAAGGAUAGGAUUGACAAUGCAUCGCAACCUCCCUUUAAACGUGUAUCUAGUGCACCAUGCCUUCGUUUGCAUUCAUCGUCUGUCUCCACCACGAGCGAAACAUCAGAGACUUUAGCAUCAACAGAAGUUCCAAAUGUUCAAAAUAGCAUAAGACAAAAUUAUGUCUUCCUCGUCCAGAAUUUACAGGCAUUUCCGUUAUGUGAUCAUCUGUACGAAAAUGAAAUUCUGAGCUCCAGUGAGCAGCAAAAAGUCAGAAAAAUGGAACGUCAUCAAUCCUCAGAUGAUGUCAACAGGGAACUAUUGGAUAUCUUGCAGUCAAAGAAAAUCUCACCAACAUUAAUGAAGAAUGCUCUAUCCAAAUCAGGGUUAUCUCAUAUUGUUGACAUUUUCAAUCCUAAAUCUGAAAAAUAGUUUAAGAUUCAAUAAGCCCCUUUAAAGAAUGUAUAAUCACCCGAGAUUGCGACUCCCUGAUAAGUGAUUUUUAGAUAUUCCACUUUAACAUUAGUUAUUAAAUCUUUAACCACGUAAUGUCAUAUUAAAGUCCAUUUAUAUACCUAGGUCUGCAGAACCAAUGGCCGUGUGUCCUAUGAUGAAUAAAUUAACUUUAGAUUAGAUAUAUUUUCUUAAUAUUGAGCACUGUUUACUUUAAAUCUAAAAAUGUUAUAUACAUUACGCUCUUUUCAUUUACAAUGUCUAGCUCAUUGAUAAUACUUUUUAAAUAAACUUGUCAUUUCAUAACUUUAUGGAAUAUAAGUCACUUAGUCUUCGUUUUCUUUUUCAGAAUCUGUUAAAUAUAAAAAAGGGUGUUUAUUAUGGCAUUAGUGGUCAUACAUGGCCAUAUUGUAAUCUUGAUUCGUGCCCGGUAUACUUCUACUCGGCAUGUACAAGAGAAAUAAAGCCCUGCUUUACCUAGGUAUCUACAUUUUAAAUGAACUUUAUUAUGUCGUUUCGUAGCAUUCAGUAUGGUCGCAAAAGAUGCUGACAUUAGAAACUCUUUUUAUGAAAACACCAGCAUUAAUGCCUCAUUAUUGAUACAGUUGUUGUCGCUAAAUGCCAUUUUAAUAACAAAAGUACAGCUGAAUAUAUCUUAAUUCCUAUGUUUCAUUGGAGUGUAAAACUAUUACUUAGUAGGGGGUUGAAAUUAAGGUUAGCUUGUCAUCAUUAAGGGGGUUUAUUGUCCCUUUUUUAAUGUUGAUCGUGAAGGGUCCAACAAGUCGUUCGCAAUCACGAUCCUUUGGUAAAAAGUGUUCACUUAAACAAUCCAGCGAUGCAAUUCAUAUACAUGUACUUAUAUGCAUUGAUGUGUUCAUAUAGAUAGUUUGUAUGAUUACGGUUUGAAUUCGAAUGUACAGAGAAUUGUUUAUAUUUAUAUGUAUAUAUAUUCUAUUAUUAUCUAACCUUGUGUUAGUAUUGUGUUAGUACACAUCUUUCUGAAGGCAGUAAAGUAUAAAAUGACGUAGCAUGUCUCUGAUGAAUGCAUCUGUUGUUGGUUUUGUUUAGUUUAUAAGAGAGAGGAGGAGAGAGAGCGCGUGCGCAUGUCUAUGCUCGUUGAAAUAAAUUGUUUUCUAUACAAUGUGCUUGGAAUUACGUUGUUGUGUUGUUAGCCGAAUACGUGAGUUUUUACCUCUGAG